GUUAUUUGGCUGCGGUUUUCUGUAAGGUACUUCCCCAGUUGGGCUCUGCUCUAGAUCUGGAAUGACAUCCGCUGUGCUGUGCCCUACCACACAAAGCGAGAUGAGAUGAAUGUAUCAAUUGUCAAAGUACUAAUGAAAAUAUUGUAAUAAUGAGUCGUAUAGAAGUAAAGUCAGCAACAACCAGUUUUUACAUGUGGAUGUUGCUGGCUUUGCUUUUAUAUGAUAGGUACAAUUAACCUUCGAGCAACACCGGCUUCCGACACGUCGGAAGCAAUUAACACAAUUUAUUUUGUAGGUACUACAAACCGCAGGUCCAUGGAAGAGGUUCAGCCCCUCUUAUAUUAACGGUAAUCGGUUGUAUAUGAUCGUAUUUUUAUAUCUAUCUGUAUAUAUAUUCUAUUAAUAAUAUUUGGCCAUCAAUUAUUUUUAGACAAAGACCUGCUUCUUCCGUCUAUCGACUUAACUGGCGACCUCGAACAAUACUACAAAAAAUUUGCACGUAAGAUUUUCCUACUACUACUACCUUACUAUUGGACGACUAGAUUAUUAAUAAUAGGAUCCAAAAUACAAAUAUAGGUAAAAAACUUAACUAAGUCACCUGUUGUAUGUAGUUCUGACGUGUUCGAAUAGACAAUACAUGUUUAAAAGACACACACAAACAAAACAAAUGUCUAUUCGAACACGUCACAACUACAUACAACAGGUGACUUACUUAAGUUUUUUACCUAUAUCUAUUUAAACAGGCCAAUUCGAGUUUUGGUUAUAAGAUCUGUUUCAAUAUAAUACUGAUCUGUCUGUGUCAAAAGUGACGUUUUGGUUAAAGAAUUGUCACUUUUGACACAGAUCAGUAUCAUAUUGCAAACAGAUCUUAUAACUAAAACCCGAAUUGGCCUGAAAGUCGCGUGCCUCAACAGGCAUAGCAAUGAAAAGUUGGCGCUUCGAAUUUGACAUCUAGUGUAGAUGGCCUUAUGACCUUUUCGUACCUACAUUAUGAGGAAACUCUGAAUCAGAUACUAAAAAUUUGACGGUUUGCAAUCAACUGGACCACAAAGAAUAUUACCCAAUGCAGCGCCAUUUACUUUAGCUGUCAAACUCUGGGAACAGUUUUUUUUUAGACCUAACUCUUCUACAAACAAUAAAUCUUUGAUAUAAAUAUGACUUUUUCAGUUCGGCCAGUUAUAGUAUCAGCAUUACGCAGCUUAUGGUGGCCUACGCUUCGCAAGUUCAUGGUGCAGCCCGUGAUUUGGGCCGUAGAGAAUGAUGAGCCCAUGGAAUUCCUGACUGAGAUACGCCGAGUGGUAGUCAUCUUCUUGAACAUUGUGACCAAAACUGUGACUGAUGAAAUGCUUGUCGAAAUUGUGGAUACUGCGUAUAAAUGCGUUUAUAGCACGUCGUCAGCAGCAGGAGGCCUCUUAAACAAAGUGUCUUUGUUCGACAAAGACCUGAUGUUCCUACUCGUUUUCGGACUCCGAGGGAUGUCCCACGGUGACGAGGCCCAAAAGAGCCUGCUCUGCGCUCAAGCCUUGAAGGAGAGGUUGAUCGACCCUAACAUUAUAUCAGUUUCAAUUGGGAUCUCGUCUGGAACAACAUAUUGCGGUGUAGUUGGCCACGUUCUCCGGCGGGAAUAUACAGUUAUAGGAAGAGCAGCCAAUAAGGCAGCACGAUUAAUGACAGCGUAUCCUAACAAAUUAGUUUGUGACAAGGAAACAUUCUUAAGAAGCAAAAUGGAUCAAGAUUUCUUUAGGUUGAUGGAAUUCAUCCCAAUGAAAGGCAUCCAGAGGCCUGGACCAGUUUAUGAGUUCAACAAAUAUGGGUCAGUAAAUCGAUAUAUUACAGCGAACGGACAGCGCCCGUCUCUCCCUUUCGAUGUCCAUGUUGUCACAGAGAUCCUCAGUCACCCAGUGACCCAGAUAUUUAAAAUGCUUUACCCUGCUCAGAAUGACCUCCUCUACACCCCUAUCCGAUUUAAUCCAUACUUCUGUGGACAGCCUGUAUAUUGUCAAAUUGAACACUCCAGUUUGGACCUCAACGCAUUGACUCCAGUUGAAAUUUAUGCGAUAAAUAUCAUAUUCGGUUGUCGCUUGGCGUUGCCCGAUAACUUUGAAUUUCCGAAUGAUAUUCUCGAAGAAAGUUGCACAAAAAAACUAGUGCGUAAUAUUUUUCAAAAUAAUAUUCCUGCAAUGUGUAUAGUGGCGAUAGAAGAGGGAAUGAACAUUGAUGAUGAGUCUUGGAGGUUACUUUUGGUUCUAUUGGAUACCAAAACAAUAUUCGUCAUCAUGACUCUUACUGAUAAAACAAGCAUGUCUGGUAAAGUGCUGUUUUCCUAUUCUAAGUCUAUUAUUCUUUUAGAGAAACAGUUGAUGCACGAUAAAACCUAUUUAGAGUCAAGGUUUUCGACAGUGGCUCAGUCGCCCAAGUUUCGCCUCUCUCGUGUUAAAAUUAGCUUGAGUGAGUUACCGUACCCGGCUUUUGUCUACCGAGCCACUGUUCCCUACGUGACCCUACUUAAUUGUACAAAUAACUUUCCGCCUACAGAAGUGGCCCUCCAAUGCUUAUCGAGCAACAAGCUGCUACAAAUGCCACUUUCCGGACUGAGCCAUUGGUACCACUUGGUUAUUGCUUGCCAGUUCCUUGAUGUACAAGCUGUACCUACAGAUUUGGAGAAGUUAAUACAAAGCGCAAGCAACGGUGUGCCUGGCUGGAUCCAGGACUUCAUCAUAUCGCUCGUCCAGCGAGGAGACUUGACUGUAGAAACCACGACCAGGGCUAAGGCGUUGGAGCAAGGUGCCGUGAUGCCUACGCCGUCUUUACUGUGCACGACGGUAACUUUGGGAACAACUAGCGACAACCAAGUUUCGUUAGACGCGUAUUUUAAAGUGAGUUGUAGCACGGAAGUUUUGGGCAAAUUUAGUGCUAAUGAUACCGAUAAAUUUAAAAGUAGCGACGUACUUGCUCUAAAUCCAAAGGAGCACAUUCAGAUAGCAGUUCUCGCGGACACAUUCGACGUUUUGAAUAUUCGGAUGUCCGUUGACGCGGAUGUAAUGAUCAUGAAGACUUAUGACUCACUCACUCCGUUCGAAAAGAUGCUGUUAAAAUGUUGUUCCGUUUUGGGUGUUGUUUUUUCUCGACAAAUGAUGGAAUAUCUGGUAGAGUGCGAUUCCAGAAGCAAAAUUGCAAAAGCUGUAGCGAAGUUAUUCUCAGUUCGUGUUCUGGAGUGUGAAGGAGGUGAUUUUACUCAAGAGACAUCCAAGGUGUUGGUGCAUCGGUCACCGGCGAUUCAAAAUGCUCAGCCACCGUAUUGCUCCUGUCGCGGCACUAAAGAAUUAAUCAACUGCGCUGACCUUCCGAAGUAUGCGUUUUGUGGUUACAUGAGGUUUAAAUCUACUUUGUUCCAAACCACCACUUACGAUUUACUCACGGAGAUUCAAAAGUAUGAUCUGCACGGUCGAGCUUUGUUGUAUUUGAAGCAGUAUACUCGACGGUGCUGGUACUGCGGGGAAGGCUGUUUGCUCAAGCUGCUCGGCAGGCGCACCCAUGAUGGUCUCGUCAAAGUGUCCACAGACUUGAAAAAUACGCAAGAAAUGAUUCAAAGUCUGGCAGAUGAAUCGCAUCAUGUGACAGGCGAAUUAACUCGGUCCCGGAAGUCGGCGGAACACUUGAAAUUAGAAGACGUCAUAGCUAGAAACCCAGACUUAGAUCUGUUUAGGGACUAUGCUGAAAAAAUUUCGGAAGGAACAGAUGUGGACGGUAUUUUAAUGUACAACUUCACUCCGCUCACUUCAGUGGAAGUAGAAAGGGAUGGGACUCAAAAUAAGCACUCGAAGAAAUAUCAAACUUUGCUCUCUUGUUGUAUAAAUAACUAUUGUUACCAGUUCCACUCAUCGGUAAUGCUACGGAUUUUCUCGGACGAAUUACUCCGUUUCCCAGGUCAAGGAAGUGAAAUUGGAGAUCUACCGAAAUCUGAUACCCACGUACGGUCGUUCUCUUCGCUAGACGUGGCCAAUUGUGAAUGUCUUUCAAUAGCUUUGGCGGCAUACGAUCAGCUUAUUAAUCAUUGUCGCGGAGCAGGCGAGCACGAAAAAUUAUUUGAAGCUUACCUAGAAUAUGCGGACUUAUGUGUGAAUUCAAACACACCACAAGCACUCUGCUUGCUGAAUGAAGCGGAAACCGUUAUUAUGGUAAGCCUGUCGCUAAUAUUUCAGUUAUGUAUAUCUGGCUGUCACCGCGCUAGCGUUGCCGUCGUCCUGUGGUUUUCCCUUGCCGCCGUUACGUGUUUGCCUAUGGUUGAUCCAAAGAGUUGGUGCGGCAUUUACCUGGAGCCGGGCCUUAAAGUGUGCUCCAACCUUAAUCACAUUGAACCUUGCGAAUAUUGUGAUGGACCUCCUGACCGACCUUUGUUCAUUCCGUUAACUCAGCUAUGUGUGUUGCAGAGUGACGAAUAUUGGUCCAACUGUCAAUUAAAUUGCAAGAUCAGCUGGUUCAAAGACUUCUGCUUGGGACGUAUUGUGUCGCUUCGAGGCGGUUGCAUGCUCGCGUCUGGGGAACUUAUCGAAGCUAGAAAACACCUACAUCGCGCAUUGGAGUUGUUUCGUGACCCGUUCCCUACAACUAAGAGAUAUCAGCAAAUGAUCCGUAAUAUGCACAUUAGUGUGCGCCAAUGGAUGGCUUUUAAAGUUAAGCCGAAAGCCUUUAUCGGGACAGUGAACGGCUUGAUUUGCUUUUUUUACGAAGAAGUUGCAAUCACAUUAAACCGACUCUAUACAUUAUUUGUAGGGUGCAAAGAAUAUUCAAAUGCUGAAUUGACAGCGAAGUGGUCAUUUGACUACGCCCUACGCAGCAACUCGAACUUCAAACUCCUCUGCGAAUGUUAUGGAAACAUGAUUACGACUCAUUUCAACAAUCAGGAACUCUCUAAAUGUGUCAAGAUAGUGAACAUGGUCAUAGAGCUUUGUCGGCGGAAGCGCGGCCAGUUGGACGAUGCAGAAGCGCGCGCGGUCUGCGUGCUCUAUACCACCGUGUUUUUGUUUUUUGUGGAAUACGGUAAGAAGAACGAAAGCCUAAAUUUCGGUUUGCCGGUGAUGCACAUGGUGUCCAUGCUCCGAGAGUCGGGUAUGCGCGUACGUCUCGUGGUGUCUUUGCUGAGGCUACUGCUCAGUGAUCUACGCAUUAAUGAGAUGGUUCUACUGAUGAGGGAGAACUUGUACAUGGAUGGCGAGUUUGACUUGAGUUCGACAACCUGGUACUAUACGUACUCGUUAAUGAUAUUAAUUGAGACUGGCUACUGCGUUGAGUCGUACCAGGAAUGCGAAAGCUUCUACAUGCAGCAUGGAGACACCAUCCUGGCGUUCAAGAGUAAAGACGCCGCGUGGGACUACUUUGGUUGUAUGUGGCUUAUAACUGUCAGAGUAUGCGCGUGGGAGACGUCGGUUUUAUGGGAAAAGAAAGUAAAAGAAAUAAUGGCCACCGAGAAUAAACAAAUAGAAUACAAGAUUAAUCUGCAGUUAAUUUUGUUGGAAGGAUGGCUUAUAAUGUUAGUUAGAGAGAUUGAUGCAAUGAACGAGAACCAAAUUACAAUUAUUAAAGAGACAAUAAAGAAUAUGUUCGAAAUGUUGAGCAAGUAUUGUCCGAGAGCACCAAUAUAUCAACCGAGAUAUUUUUUACUUCUGGCCUACUUUAACUUCAUAAGAGGCAACAAGUUCCAUGCCCGUAGCUAUUUAGAGAAGACGUUUGAACUUGCAAAAGAAUUAGCCGAAGGAACAAUAUUAAUUUGGGCGGAGCAUACGCGGCAGCACUGGAUGGGGACACUGGACCCAGAGCUUGAAGACUACUGGGUAGAACAUAUAGAGCCUGACAACCUCUUGGACUACAGAAAUUUCAACAAGAAUGUUGGAUUUGUACCAUAUACUCUACCUUUACCAAAAAGAUUUCUGAGAUAGUUUAGGUAAUUUCGGUUUAAGCAUACGCUUUUAUGUCUAGUUCAAUAAAAGGACCCCAAAACCACUUUUCAACGAGAUUUUUGAACGGAAGUCAUUAUUCAUGGUGAUAUUAUAUUGAAAUUAAUAAUUAGUAUUAUGGGAUUUUUUUCCUUCAUAGUUUUUCUCUUAAGUCUAAUAUGAAAUAAAGGUCUUUCGAACUGGA